CUGACAGUAGAGGAGGUGGUGUACAGUUCAGGGGACGUCCAGGCCUGUAGGAAACGCCAGCAGCCUCCCGCAGCUCACGCAGAAGCGCGUGUUUUCACCCGCACAUAUUCGCCUUUACCGGUCUCUGUCAUUGGGGAGGAUUGUCCGCCAUGCCGUCUGUGCUGGGAGUCGUCGCCAAACAGCUCCGGAGCCACCCGGCUCUGAUCCCUCUCUUCAUCUUCAUUGGUGGUGGGGCGACCAUGUCCAUGAUGUACCUGGGUCGACUGGCCCUCAAAAAUCCUGAUGUCUCAUGGGAUCGUAAGAACAACCCUGAGCCUUGGAACAAAAUGGAUGUGAAUCACCAAUACAAACUUUUCACAGUUAACAUGGACUACUCCAAGCUGAAGAAGGACAGGCCUGAUUUCUAAAGUCUCGGUUCUUCACAACUCUGUAUCCCUGACAUGAUUGUCAGUGUGAGGAGCUUUUGCACUUUUUGCCAAAUACAAAUAAAUCCACGGCUCUGAGUGGAUGAUAAAUCACAUGUGUGCUGUGCUCAUUCAGUCAGGUUAUUUCCAGUGGAAGGUGAAGGGAUCAUUCAUUUUUCAGUGAUUGUAUCAAUAAAACAGGCCACAACAACCUGUUUUCCUAAUUGUUGAAUAUAUUUUUGAUUUCACUGUUGUAAAUUAUUAAAACCAUUAAAUCAAA